CCGCGCGCGGGCGCGCGAGGCCCCCCUCGGGGUUCCGAAGACCCCUGCGCGUCGCCCCGGGGACCCCGCCCGCGCGGCCGCAGGGAGGCGCGACUGCGGCCUAGGGCGCCCGGCGGCUCCUCCCCUCCCCUCCCCCUCCCGGAAGCGCGGGGCGGGGUCCCCGGCCGGGCCGCGGGGGCGGGCGCGGGGGCCGGACCGGGGCGGGGCGCGGCGGGCUGUGCGCGCCCACUCGGCUCCAGGCGGCCAGCGCUCCCGGGCCCAGGCCGCCCGGCUCUCAGCGAGCACCGCGGCGGAGCAGCGAGGGGGGAAGCCCGGGAGAAGCAACCGCAGUCGCGCGAGGCCCCCGCGUCCCUGGCUGCCCGCCCCAGGCUCGGUGUAUGGGGACGCGGCCCGCCAGCCUUCGUUGAGACCGUCCCCGGGGUGCGGUGGCCUCGGGCUCCAGAGCCCGCCCCGCCACCCGAGGGCUGCGCGCGGCCCCGGGCCUGCUCGCCGCGCGGCUCCGCGCGUCCCGGGCCAGGAAGUGGCGGCGCUGAGCGCCAUGGCCCACUCCCCGGUGCAGUCGGGCCUUCCGGGCAUGCAGAACCUGAAAGCGGACCCAGAAGAGCUAUUUACCAAGCUGGAGAAGAUUGGAAAGGGCUCUUUUGGUGAGGUGUUCAAAGGCAUUGACAAUCGGACUCAGAAAGUGGUUGCCAUAAAAAUCAUUGAUCUGGAAGAAGCUGAAGAUGAGAUAGAGGACAUUCAACAAGAAAUCACAGUGCUGAGUCAGUGUGACAGUCCAUAUGUAACCAAAUACUAUGGAUCCUAUCUGAAGGACACUAAAUUAUGGAUAAUAAUGGAAUAUCUUGGUGGAGGCUCUGCCCUGGAUCUAUUAGAACCUGGUCCUUUAGAUGAAAUUCAGAUCGCUACCAUAUUACGAGAAAUUCUGAAAGGACUUGAUUAUCUACACUCAGAAAAGAAAAUCCACAGAGAUAUUAAAGCGGCCAACGUUCUGCUCUCUGAACAUGGAGAGGUAAAGCUGGCUGACUUUGGAGUAGCUGGCCAGCUGACGGAUACUCAGAUAAAAAGGAACACCUUCGUGGGUACUCCCUUCUGGAUGGCGCCCGAGGUCAUUAAACAGUCAGCCUAUGACUCAAAGGCAGACGUCUGGUCCCUCGGCAUCACAGCAAUAGAACUGGCCAAGGGAGAGCCGCCACACUCUGAGCUGCACCCCAUGAAGGUGUUAUUCCUCAUCCCCAAGAACAACCCGCCUACGCUAGAAGGAAACUACAGCAAACCCCUCAAGGAGUUUGUGGAGGCCUGUUUGAACAAAGAGCCCAGCUUUAGACCCACUGCUAAGGAGUUACUGAAGCACAAGUUCAUCAUCCGCAACGCAAAGAAAACGUCCUACUUGACGGAACUCAUCGACAGGUACAAGAGGUGGAAGGCUGAGCAGAACCACGAUGACUCCAGCUCAGAGGACUCCGACGUGGAAACAGACGGCCAGGCGUCCGGAGGCGGUGACUCUGGGGACUGGAUCUUCACAAUCCGGGAGAAAGAUCCCAAGAAUCUGGAGAAUGGGACUCUGCAGCCAUCUGAUUUGGAGAGAAAUAAGAUGAAAGACAUCCCAAAGAGACCUUUCUCUCAGUGUUUGUCCACAAUUAUUUCUCCUCUGUUUGCGGAGCUGAAGGAGAAGAGCCAGGCAUGUGGAGGAAACUUGGGGUCAAUAGAAGAGCUUCGGGGAGCCAUCUACUUGGCGGAAGAGGCCUGCCCUGGGAUCUCUGACACCAUGGUGGCUCAGCUUGUGCAGCGGCUGCAGAGAUACUCUCUGAGUGGUGGAGGAACUUCAGCUCACUGAGAUGCCUUUGGCAUUUGGGUUUGGUUUUUCCUUUCUUCUUCAUCUUCCUUCUUUAAAAGUCAACGAGAGCCUUUGCUGACUCUGCAAAGAGGUGUCACGGAGAGGACCCCCCCCCCUCUCCUACAGCCGCCGGCACGUGUCCAGCGAUCCAGUCCUCACCGGGCCACAGCCAGAUGGAGUCUUUCAGAUGGGGUGGGGAGGGUCUACUCCUUCAAGCAAUUAUUUUAUUUUUUUAUUGUUUUUAAUUUUAAUCAUAGUGCACAUAUUCAAAGAACGUAUCUUUAACAAAAACCCUGAAAUGUAUAUUUGGAUUGUGACAAGGCAGUUGAAGACACGCAACCUCAGGUACCCUGCUUUAUGUUGAUAGCUCCUCCCCUGGGAGACGGAGAGUCGCUCUGGUGGAUCAGUGUACAGAUUUGUAUAUAGCGUCGUUUUUACGGAAUCUUUUGGCGUGCAUAAGGAAUCACUGUGUACACAUUGGCCAAGUGCUUCUGUAGAUACUGUCUGUGGAGUAAAUAUUUGACAGGCCGGAACUUGAGUCUAUUGCCUUGCCUUUAUUACAUGUAAAUUGUGAAUUCCGUGACCAGUGAUUUGGAUUUUAUUUUGUAUUUACAGGGUCUGUCAUUAAUAAUAAUUAACCCCCUCCCCAAUGGAACACUCCUGUUUGUACCUCAACAGAUGCAAAGUUCCCCUCGUUUUCCCUACGCCCCUUUGGUACACUUGGAAGUUUUUCUUUCUCAUCCAUGGUACUGUUCUUAGUGUUUUCAGUUGGAACAUAUCUCGUCUCACAGAGCUUUAAAUUAAGUCUCUCCCAGAUGAAGCGUCCUCAUCUAAUCUUGGUUGAGCUGUCUACUGCUGUGUCUACACCGGAUGUACCGUUCUCUCGACACUUCCGUUCAGCCUUGUCGUGGAAUCUCAUCUUCUCACCUGAAAGUGUCUGAAUGCUUACACAAAUAAAUUUUAUAACGCAC